ACAUCCAUUUGCGAAACUGGUUGGAAAAAAAAAUCUGAAAAUAGUGGUUGAUGCUCUAAUUCCAAGUGAUGUGAUGCCAGAAGACCAUUCUGAUCAUCUGUAAUACUUCCUUCUUAUCUUCCAGUUAACUCUGAAUGGAGACAUCAUGACUUGCCAUGUUUUGAAUGUAACUAAAAGAAGUUGAAUGAAUUUCAACUCAGUUUUACAACUCAGUAACAUAUGAAGAUGUCACUGUAUCUGUGAACUUUAAAUUAGUCCUAUUUGAAUUCAAGUUUUCUUGGACAUAAAAUUGAUCUCUUGCCAAUGCUUAAGAUGGAGGGAACCAAGAGUUGAACUACUUAACAUGAAUAGGAUAAAUGAGAGUGUCCCCCAAGAGUUCAUCCUCUUAGGUUUCUCAGAUCGACCAUGGCUGGAGCUUCCACUCUUUGUGGUGUUCUUGGUUUCCUAUAUGUUGACUAUCUUUGACAAUCUGGCAAUAAUUCUCGUGUCACGUCUGGAUUCCAAACUCCAUACCCCGAUGUAUUUUUUUCUUACCAAUCUCUCACUCCUAGAUCUUUGCUACACCACAAGCACAGUUCCACAGAUGCUGGUGAACAUAUGCAGCAUCAGGAAGGUGAUUAGUUAUGGUGGCUGUGUGGCCCAACUUUUCAUUUUCCUGGCCUUGGGUUCCACUGAAUGUCUCCUCUUGGCUGUCAUGUCCUUUGACAGGUUUGUAGCUAUUUGUCGGCCUCUCCAUUACUCAGUCAUCAUGCACCAGAGGCUCUGCCUACAGUUGGCAGCUGCAUCCUGGAUUAGUGGCUUCAGCAACUCAGUAUUGCAGUCCACUUUGACCCUUCAGAUGCCACUCUGUGGCCACAAAGAAGUGGAUCACUUCUUCUGUGAAGUCCCUGCUCUGCUCAAGUUGUCGUGUGUGGACACAACAGCAAAUGAGGCUGAACUAUUUUUUAUCAGUGUGCUAUUUCUUCUAAUACCUGUGGUACUCAUUCUUAUAUCAUAUGCUUUUAUUGCUCAAGCGGUGUUGAAAAUACAGUCAACUGAAGGUCGGCGAAAGGCAUUUGGAACAUGUGGCUCCCAUCUGAUUGUGGUGUCCCUUUUUUAUGGCACUGCUAUCUAUAUGUACCUGCAACCACCAUCCCCUGCCUCCAAGGACCGGGGAAAGAUGGUCUCCCUUUUCUAUGGAAUCAUCACACCCAUGUUGAACCCCCUUAUAUACACACUUAGAAACAAAGAUGUAAAAGGAGCAUUUAAGAGGUUGAUUGCAAGGAUUUUCUUAAUCAAGAAAUAGGAACACCCAAAUGAGAGGUCUUGUAAAGACUUGAAGUUUACAUAUUUUAAUAAUUUAAGUCUCCCAAGUUGCUUUAGUCUGGCUACUCUAAGAAAGAAAUAUUACAGGGAUCUUCCUCAAAUAAAAUGUCAUUGAUAGAAAACUACACUUAUUUCCUACUGCCUAAAUGUAUUCAUUGCACAAGUCCUGAGCACUGGUCUGUUAUGAUCCCCUAAAAUAGUGUAACCUUAAAAUACUUAAAGUUUCAAGCUUUAUAGUACUGGUUUAUAUACUUAAUGAAGAUUCUUAGACUUCUCUGAGACUAGAAUGAAAGCUUAGGAAAAAAAACAUUUUUAUAUACAUGCAAAUACACUCACACAAACCAUCCUCACAAAUUUAUUCUCAGUUAUUAGAGAUAUAACAGAAGUCCAUAAAACCAUCCA